AGGCAGAGAAAGAGAAGAGCAAGACAUUUGAAAGAGGGACAAACAUAUUCUUCAUGUCAUCCAGAAAGUUUGGAUGUCUUGGGGUUAAUAUGCCUUGUUAAAGCUCAUGUAAAUAUCUUUAUGGGAUCCUUUGCAAUCCAUAAAAGAUUGUUUUGGGAUGUUCCUGAUGAGCAUUCAGCUGCUUUCUGCCUUUACAUUACCAGGAAAAACAAAGGCAACCACUAGUCAUGAUGGAUAAAGGUUGCACUCCCUCUCCACACAGGAUCCGAAGGUGUCUCCCAGUUUUAGGCACUUCCCCUCAUUGCAGCAGCAUUCCAGGAUGUUCAGCUCGCUCACCUGGGACUGGUGGUUUAGAGUCUGUUAACCCUAGCUUGAAAAAGAACCCCUCAUUCGUGCAAGGUUCUCCCAAAGAGACUCUUCUGGCUAAAGGCAAAGGGAUUCCCAGACCUGCUUCUAGGCUUCUUUCUCCUAAAUCUCCAGGGAGCCAUGAUGUUCAGGUUUCGUGUCCUCCUCCCACUAGAUACCAGUCACUUCAGCAUAAAGCAACUAAUGGUUUGGAACAACAGAAACUCAGCUCCAUGUCUUUUACUUUUCAUCAAAGCAACAGCGUUCCUCCAACCAGCCGGCAACUCAUUUGGCAUCCCAUGGCAAGAAGAGAAUUCCAGAAGGUAUCUUCAAUGGGGGAAACACCAGGGAGGUUCAAAAAACAGUCUUUGCCACGUCCUCAGCUGCUGUCUGGAUUACAAACCUUGCCAGAGAGUACAGUUGAGUUCAUUCCUGAUGCACAAACCAGCUCCUCUCUUGAAGAUGCAAUCCAGAUUUCAGAGACAGAAACACCAGAUUCAAUGAAAAAAAUAGGCUUUGUUAGUUUUCCAUCAUGUCAGGGACAUACCCAAACCAUGGGAAAGGAUCUCAUGAAUUCUAUCCUGGUAGAAGCUGUACACAAAGCCCAGGUAUCCAUGGCCAGAAAUGGCAUUCCAAGAGUUACACUCCGGGGCUUAUCAGGGUCUCUUAAGAUACUCCCUCCCUUUCUUCAGGAGUAUCCUGAAGAGCAAGCUGUUAUGGAUCACUCUUCUAUGAAAAAUCCUACAACCAUUUCUGUGGUAAAUGCAACUGAGUCAGAAUGUACAUCCCAAAAUGGUUCAGCAGAUACCAAGCCUGAAGCAGUUAUGUCUGAACUGGUACCAGAGACACGGCCAAAGCCCGUAGUACCAAUGAAACCUGUCAGUAUUAAUUCCAACUUACUGGGUUACAUUGGGAUUGACACUAUCAUAGAGCAAAUGCGGAAGAAGACCAUGAAAACCGGAUUUGACUUCAACAUCAUGGUUGUAGGCCAAAGUGGACUUGGAAAAUCAACACUUGUAAACACCCUGUUCAAAUCCCAAGUAAGCAGGAAAUCUUCAGGCUGGAACCGUGAGGAGAAGAUCCCCAAGACUGUGGAGAUCAAGGCUAUUGGGCAUGUUAUUGAAGAAUGUGGUGUCAAAAUGAAGCUGACGGUUAUUGACACUCCUGGAUUUGGUGACCAGAUCAACAAUGAAAAUUGCUGGGAGCCCAUUGAAAAAUACAUCAAUGAGCAAUAUGAGAAAUUCCUGAAGGAAGAGGUGAAUAUUGCCAGAAAGAAACGAAUCCCAGAUACAAGAGUCCACUGUUGCCUCUACUUUAUCUCUCCCACAGGCCACUCUUUACGACCUUUGGAUAUGGAAUUUAUGAAACAUUUGAGCAAAAUGGUAAAUAUUAUUCCAGUUAUUGCCAAGGCAGACACCAUGACUCUGGAAGAAAAGAUUGAGUUCAAACAGAGGGUCCGUAAGGAACUAGAAGUCAAUGGAAUUGAAUUUUAUCCCCAGAAAGAGUUUGAUGAAGAUCUUGAAGACAAAGCCGAGAAUGACAAAAUCAGGCAGGAAAGUAUGCCAUUUGCUGUGGUGGGCAGUGACAAAGAGUAUCAAGUGAAUGGGAAAAGAGUCUUAGGGAGAAAAACACCUUGGGGAGUCAUUGAAGUGGAAAAUCUCAACCAUUGUGAAUUUGCUCUACUACGAGAUUUUGUCAUUAGGACCCACCUUCAAGACCUAAAAGAAGUCACUCACAACAUCCACUAUGAAACUUACAGGGCGAAACGACUGAAUGACAAUGGAGGACUCCCCCCAGUGACCGUAGAGACAGAAGAAAAUCAUGAAAGCAAUUUGUGAAUGAUCAAUAUUGUUAUCUGUUGUUUCAGAAGCAUAUUAACUAUUUCUUUCAUUCUAUUCAUUCUUUUUAUUUGAAUUCAGGCCUCUCUUAGAAGCAUAUGGAAUAUCCUUCAUGAGUGCAUGGGGGAAAGAACAUGGAUAUGGGUUUCCCACUUUCCCUAUAUGUCCUCAUCUUGUUAUGGUUGGUUGCACAAUCAGUCAGAUGUUUAGACUGGAUUUGGCAUUUUUGUCCAUCAUUAUUAUUUUUUAUUAAUUUUGUACACGAAAUUCUAGUCUUCCAUUGUUUUCCAGUACUCAGUUGUGCACCCUGAUUGUGGGAACUGUAGAAAAAUCCUGGACGUGACGCAAACUGUGAGAGCAUGUGAAGGUCCUCCAAGGGUUGGUAGGAAAUGAGAUCAAUUUGCUGCAAGCAGUGUGGUGAAAACAGAGACAUACUUUGGAUGCAAGCGUUCCAGGUCUGGAUACUUUGCAUUGUGGUUGAUGGUUUGUGUUAUAAAUUCACUUCUCAAUGUAGAAAUGUUAAAGUUAGACUGAGGUUGGGAUCUUACAGGCACUUCUGUAAUAGUAAGUGUAAUGAAAUCAGUGGGAGGAAUUAGUUGCCAAGUAAAUGUGUUUAGUUAGAAUUAAUAAGCAAGUGUAGAUAACAAUGUCAAGUUUUUUACCUUUCUUUCUCAUUAUCAUAGAAGGCAAACUAUUAUAGAGAAAUAAAAGCUAAUCUGGAAAUAUUGUUUUCUUAGGACAGGGGAAAUAACAUUUUUAACAGUAUCACAAUAUUUCUUAAAUCACCAUUAUAGAUUCAUACAUACAUACUGUCCACUCCCCAAAAUCUGGCACAUGGUAUUGUCAGACCUACCGUAAUGAAGUUUUAACAUUACAGUAAUGGAACAAUUCCUCUAGGUGUCUGAGGCAGCUGGAAAGGAAACAAUGCAACAUUUCCAAGUGUGCCUUUUUGCCCUCUAACCCACAGACUAUGGGAAAAAUGCUGUAGCUGUUCCAUACUAAGACAGAAUAUUUAAGGCAUUUUAUCUUUCAUCCUAAAAUGUGGCAUUUUAAUUCUGACUCGCAUCCUUGUAAGUUUGCCUAGAGACAGUCAGCUUUCAUUCAACUGCAAAUUGUACUGCUGAUUUCCAAAUAUGGAAUUUGGCCAAAGUAAUCUAAUCCUUAGAAUUUCUAUUUUGUUCUCUUUUUUAAGCAAAAGCGGGUAACUAGUUUAUAUGUUCAAAUUCUGUGAACUGCACAGAAAACAGAAGUAACUUGUGAGGAUCAGAAUUUCACUGCCACAUACAGAGCCACCAUGUUUGCUGUUUCAGGCUAUCUCUCAAAAUAUCACCAUUGCAAUCCCACUUUUUUUUGGGGGGGGGGAAAUAGACCUCUUUCAUUUUUAAAUGUGCAUAUCAAGGUCAAAUGUUCCUUCUAUGGAGUUCUCCAUAGUGCAAAUUACCUAACAAAAACAUUAAACAAUAGAGAGAACAAAAGAAGCUGCUUUCAGCUGAAUCUGAUGACUGUCCCAUCCAGUUCUGUAUGAUUUGUCUCAUUUGGCAGUGGCUUCCUAGGUGUUGAAGCAGGAAUUCUUCCCAUCCAAUCCUGAAGAAGACAAGGAUUGAACCCAGAAUUUACAUGAAGAGUGUCUGCUCUGUUAUGGAGUUAUGGCCUUUCCUUAUCAUAAAAUAUAUCACAGAAAUAUUAAAAAUGGAAUAAAAUUUGUAGCUCGUGUUAUAUAAUUUAUUGCUUAAUUCAAACAAUUCUUAAUCACCAAACACUAAAUUAAGAAUCAAAGUUUAAUCAGUAAAACUAAAGUUCCAUGCAUUAAAAAUCUCCUUAGGAAGGAUAUUUUAUUGAAUUGGAGCCACAACAGCAAAAAUCCACUGAAAAUUCUUCUUGAAUUAACAAAGGAUUAAAAUCUGAUCACGAAUGGGACAGAAGAGAUCAUCACAAUACAGAAAAGUUGUCUGUAAAUUCAUCCAUAGAAUGUUUUCACUCCUUCCAAAUAGGUUUUUGGUUAUAGCAACCUGGAGAAAUUAACUGCCACAUAUCGAGUUCUACAAAGUACAAUAUACAUGCUUUUUUUGGAGUAAGCAUAAUUAUGUUGUAUAUAAUAACUACUUAAAUUAACAAACUUAAUCAAAGAAUAAGUCCCUUGAUUAUUUGUUCCUAGCUUAGAUAAAUGUCAAGUCUCCUCUGAGUUAAGAGUAAUGUAUUUUUCUUUUCAAAAAAAUAGUAUAGAAGUGGUUUGCCGAUGCCUUCUUUUCAGAUUUUUUUUAAUUUCAUAGUCUGGUUUAGUCCAAUGGAAUUUAAUCCUCUUCCAUUAAGUCAAAAAAGAAAACAAAAAAAGGUGGAUUUGGAAUCCUUCAAGAUUCCAAGCCUUAACAGUAGUAGUUGUUUGGACUCUCCAUAAAACCUUGUGAGACCAUUCUAAUUGUUUAUAAGAAAAUGUUUGCUAUAAUUUUGGAUUUAUUUCAAUAGCCAUUCUAGACUGUAACAUAGCUUGUGAUAUUGCAGUAUGUGGGAUCCUAACAUAUUAUUACUUAUUACUUACAGUUAGUUAAACUGUGGCUUAAUAUGAAAUAUUAACCCAAAUAUUUCACUGAAGCAAUCACUCAAA